GAAUUUGCCGUCCUCCCGCGGCGGGUGGCGGGCGCGCAGCUCGGCAGGUCGCACCGCCAAGCGCCGGGCUUCCCCGGGCCGCAGGUCGGCAGGGGCGGUGCCUGCGGCCACCGGGGAGGGGUAGCGGGUGCCGGCCACCGCCCUCCAGCUCCGCGGGUCCGCACGGCGCGGCGGUGGGGCGGCAUGUGGGCCGCGGCCCCUCUCCUGCUGCUGCUGCUGCUGCCGCUGGCGCCGCUGCUGCUGCUGCUGGCGCGCCGUUGGCGGCGGGAGGCGGCCGCGCUGGAACCGGCCGGCCGGGCCGUGCUCAUCACCGGCUGCGACAGCGGCUUCGGGCACCUGCUGGCGCUGCGCCUGCACCGCCUCGGCUUCACCGUGUUCGCCGGUUGCCUCUGCCCCGGCGGCGAGGGGGCGCGGCGGCUGCAGCGGGAGGCGGCGGCGGACGCCGGGCGGAUGCGCGUCCUGCGUCUCGAUGUCACCCGCGGACGCGACGUGCUGGCCGCCAAGGAGCUGGUGCUCAGCCACCUGCCCGAGCGAGGUUUUUGGGGGCUUGUGAACAAUGCAGGAAUUUCAACAUUCGGUGAGACGGGGUGGCUGUCAAUGGAGAAAUAUGAGAAGUUUACGGAUGUGAACCUUCUUGGGAGCAUCAGGACAACCCUGGCAUUUCUUCCUCUGCUAAGGAAAUACAAGGGACGCAUUGUUUUCAUGUCCAGCAUCAUUGCCUAUUUUACUCUGGGAAAUGGCAUUUAUUCUAUGACCAAGGCAGCUAUUGAAAAAUUCUGUGAUGCUCUAAGACUGGAAAUGAAGAAGUUUGGCGUCCAGGUCUGUAUUAUUCAGCCAGGAAAUUAUGCACGAUCUACAAAAAUUCAGCCACCAGUCAGCGCCGAAGAGAUCUGGAAUGAACUCAGUGAAGAGGAAAAGGCAGUUUACAAUAAGGAGUACGUUCAGGAGCGGGCAGACUUUUUCAACAACAUUCUUAGCAAAGGAAGCACAAAUGGCAAUGAGGUUGUAGAUGCAAUGGUAGACGCUCUCAUGUCUCCUGCACCCAAGGCACGUUACAUGGUAGCAAAGCUGAAGGAAAAAGCACUGGUGUUUGUAUGUGCUUUAUUCCCAACUGUUGUGAUGGAUUCUGUUUUGUCUUAUGCACUGAGUAAAGUAAAACUUGCAUAGCUGAC